UAGUGUAAGGUUGAAAAUUGAAAUCAAAUCUCUCUCUCUCUCUCUACAUUUUUCCAGAAGAGUGAGUUGAUACUCUAAUGGCGCUCCGAACCCUAAUCGCUAGAAAUCCCAUGAGGGCGGCAGCUCCUGCCGCCUCUCGCGGCCUCAAGACAUUCUCGCUGCCCGAUCUGUCCUACGAUUACGGCGAGCUGGAGCCCGCCAUCAGUGGCGAGAUCAUGCAGCUGCACCACCAGAAGCACCACCAAACUUACAUCACCAAUUACAACAAGGCCCUUGAGCAGCUCGACGCCGCCAUCGCUAAGGGCGACGCCUCCACCGUCGUCAAGCUUCAGAGCGCUAUCAAAUUCAACGGAGGAGGUCAUGUUAAUCACUCAAUAUUCUGGAAGAAUCUCGCUCCUGUUCGUGCUGGUGGUGGUGAACCUCCUCAUGGUUCUUUGCAUAAGGCCAUCGACAGCAACUUUGGAUCUUUUGAAGCUCUGAUUCAGAAGAUGAAUGCAGAAGGUGCUGCUGUACAGGGUUCAGGAUGGGUGUGGCUUGGUUUGGACAAAGAAUUCAAGCGCCUGGUAGUUGAGACCACUGGAAAUCAGGAUCCACUGGUUACCAAAGGAGCUAGUUUGGUCCCUCUGCUUGGUAUUGACGUCUGGGAACAUGCAUACUAUUUGCAGUACAAGAACGUGAGGCCUGACUACUUGAAGAAUAUCUGGAAAGUUAUAAACUGGAAAUAUGCUAGUGAAGUUUUCGAUAAAGAGAGUGCAUGAUCAAUGAAGUUGUUGAGUUGUUGAAUUUGAGAGUAAUAAAUUUAGUCUUGAUGCUGAGGUGAUCCUUUUUUUCGUUAGUAUGAUGUUCACUUGUUCCAGCACAGUUUGACAUUGUAUAUUUUACGUUUCAGCAAUAAUGUCUACUCUCAGAUUCUGUUGCGAAGUAACAUUGUUUGUUUUCA